UACAGGUUAUCUGCAAUCAGAUCAUCGAUCUUUAAUGGAUUUUGUAUUGAGGGGUCCAGUCACCAGUGUAGUCAGACCACUCAAUGUACUGUAUGUUGUUGAAGUUUAGAAAAAGGUUUUAUUCAUGUUUGAUCAUUAUGUUUGGGGAAAGUGCGGCACACACAGUGUUCCUGUCAGAUUAGCAUCAUUUAUCAACAUAGUAAAACAGCCUGAUGUUUGUCCUGCAACGGAAAACACAGCGCAGGUACAACGUGUUUUUGGUAAAGAGAGCUCUGAUCUGGCUGGCUUUAUUAGUCUUGAUCGUUUAUUUGUCAAAGUGAAACAAUGAGCUGAUAGAACGACACUUCACUGUCAGUUUACAGUGCGUGCCAUUAUUCAUACACACAAUGAUCUUAAUAUCACCAUGCACUUUUCAUACUGAGGAAACCGUAACUGGGCAGGCCUGUGUUAGAUGGCAAAUGUUUAUUCAGCUCAGUGCAAAUCCGAGAUAUACAUUGUUUGGGAGCUUGUGUGUGUAUAAGCGCACACAUUGCGCUGCGCUGGACACAUUUCCAAACAUGCCUACACGAAUAAAAGGCCCAUUUUACUCCUAAACAGCAAUGCGCUGCAUUGCGCGCCCCAGUCAACUGGAAAAAAAAAAAGCAAAUGAACGCUGCAAAAAAUAUCUACGUUAACCAGUCGUUCGGUCUAAUACUGGGACGUGUAAGUAUAUUAAUUUACAAACUGGAGAGUAUAAAUUCACUUGGUGGAAAUAGUCCGUUUUGCUCAGAUAGGACGCGUUUUGCGUUUUCACUCCAGCUAAACUUGAUUUGCUGAUUUGCAUGCGAUAAAUCCAAACGUCUGAUAAUUUUUUAUUUUUUUUUAGCUUGACGUCAGACUUGUUGGGGUGGAUGUUUUCUUGCAGCGGGCCGGCUUAGUGGGUGGGACUCGCUCAUUUUGGGGAGGUUAAACGCAGCAGAUGGGUGGGUCUCUACGUGGGUUAGAGAGCCGGAGCUUCCUCUCAGUCACAGCGGGCACAAGCUUUUCCCUGCAGCGAGAGAAGGGGAGCAGUCACUGCUGUAGAGGAGGGAAACGGGGCUGUGUGUUUUGUUUUUAAAUUGUCGUCCUCCAAGUCUCUUCUUCGGGGAAGAACACUUUCGUGGAAGUUCUCCCUGUGUGAUUCAUCCUCUCAUGUCGUGGUGGGAUGAAUUUGGACAGAAUCGCAGAGGCAGUGAGAGCACCGCCGGCCCGCGACGUGGCCCCCGCGUUUCAUUUACCGAGAACUUCAAACAGCAGUCGAGAAACUUUAGAGAACUCAAGCAGCGAGUCUUCAGACACAGAGUUGGCAGAAAAGGAGAGGAGCGCCGAACACAGGAGUGAUGACGGGAACGCGGACGAUCCCAAGAAGAAGAAGCAGCGGCGGCAGCGGACUCACUUCACCAGCCAGCAGCUGCAGGAGCUGGAAGCCACUUUCCAGAGGAACCGCUACCCGGAUAUGAGCACCAGGGAGGAAAUCGCCGUGUGGACCAACCUGACCGAGGCCAGAGUCCGGGUGUGGUUCAAAAACCGUCGGGCUAAGUGGAGGAAGCGGGAGCGCAACCAGCAGAUGGACCUGUGCAAGAACAGCUACCUGCCGCAGUUCAGCGGACUCAUGCAACCUUAUGAAGACAUGUACCCGACGUACACCUACAACAACUGGACCAACAAGGGCCUCACCCCGGCGCCGCUGUCCACCAAGAACUUCACCUUCUUCAACUCCAUGAGCCCCCUCACCUCGCAGUCCAUGUUCCCGGCGCCCAACUCCAUCUCCUCCAUGACCAUGGCCUCCGGGAUGGGCCACUCUGCAGUGCCGGGCAUGCCCACCCCGGGCCUCAACAACAUCAGCAACCUGAACGGGAUCGGCACGUCCGGCAUCAACUCAGCCAUGUCGUCGUCCGCGUGUCCGUACGGGCCUCCCGGCUCUCCCUACAGCGUUUACCGGGACACUUGCAACUCCAGCCUGGCCACCCUCAGACUCAAAUCCAAACAGCAUCCAACUUUUGGAUACAGCAGCCUGCAGAGCCCCGGGUCGAGCCUGAACGCCUGUCAAUACAACAGCUGACGGGCCAAAAGCGCGGCCUAAAUGUUACAAAUAUAAAUAAAUAUAUAUGUGAUAAACGGACACGGUGUCAAGAGCUUUCAGGCUACCUGCGGAUGGGGAAAAAAUCUAAGACAACUAAACUGGAUUAGUUGCAAUCAUUUUUCAAAAAAAAAAAAAAAAAAAAAAAAGGAGGAAAACAUGGAUUAUGCGGGUUAUAUGUUUACCAAUGAACUUGCACAGCAAUUGAAAUUUCCAGUUCUUUUUGGAUUUAAAAAAAAAAAGAUGAAGACGUGUUACAUUGCUGCAUUGUACAUAUAUAAAUGUAAAUAUAUACAGGUCUAACAUAAAACAGACGAUGGGAUUUUUUUUGUGCUUGCUUGCUUUUGAAGACUGGCUGGGAGGGGGUGGGGUGGGGGGGGGUCUCGAUUUAACAAGGAUUUGCAAGAAUAAAAUAAAGUGACGAGCAUAUCAUGAACUUAAUACGAGAAAAGAAAUUUAACCUAUAUUGUACAUAUUUUAUACUGCUUAUGUGUGCUUUCUAUUUACCGUUUAUGCAGGGUACCACCGGCCCGUCUGACUCCAUGAUGCCUCCCGUUCACUGACUUUACUUUGAAAUGUUUUUUUUUUUUCGUUUUGUUUGCUGAAACAGAAACCCCCCGCAUGUUCAAACUUGAGUGCAACGUGUUUUGUACGAUAAUGUAAGACUUUGCAGAAGUUCAUUAGCCCAAACUGUAUACAAAAGUCGAUUCAACGUCCUCAUGUGUUUAUGGUAACAUGUUUGUUUGAAUAAACUCCAGGAAAAAGGUUUAUUUCAAGUA